CGAAGACAGAACAAAACUAUCCUUCUGCCAAAAACCUCUAUGGUUGUGUGGCUUAUCCAUCUCUGUCUGUAUAAUAAUCUUCCGUUGGAUACUGUUUCCGACAUCGAUACGAGUUUUCCAGUUUCUUUCUUUUCUAUUCUGUUUUUGGUCUGAAUUUCCUCUCUCGCUCUGGGCUGAAUGUGCUCCUGAUGUCUUCUUUAGAUAUUGCAACUUUCCAGCCUUCCUUGCAAGCUAAUCUCGUUCGGUUAAGGGCUCAAACUAUCGUCAAUGCUAAAACAUUACCAAAUCCAUGGAAGCAAUUGCGGUUCUCUAAGCAUUUGGAAGGGCAUCUCCACGUCCAAAGAGGCAAACUCGUCAAUGCAGCAGUUGCCACACUUGAAACCAAAAGCCCUGUUCUGGAGAAAACAGACCAACGUGAUUCAUUGUCUUUAGCUUGUUCGUGUCCCUCGAGUAGUCGAAACGGAAGUGCUGUUGUUGAUGAAGAUGUGGAACAAGUGCAUGAGAGAGAAAGGUUGAGAAGGAUGAGGAUAUCAAAGGCAAAUAGGGGGAAUACCCCAUGGAACAAAGGCCGGAAACACAGUCCAGAAACCCUCCAGAAGAUCAGAGAAAGAACAAAGAUUGCAAUGCAGAAUCCACAGAUCAAGAUGAAACUGGCUAAUCUCGGGCAUGCACAGAGUGAGGAGACAAGAAUGAAAAUUGGGGAGGGAGUUCGGCUGAGAUGGGAGAGACGGAAAGAGAGGAAAAUGGUGCAGGAGAGAUGUCAUUACGAGUGGCAAAACUUGAUAGCAGAAGCCGCUAGAGUAGGACAUGCCAAUGAGGCAGAGCUUCAAUGGGAUUCUUACAAGGUCUUGGAUGAACAGCUUCAACAGGAAUGGCUCGAAACUGUAGAACAGAGGAAAGCCAUGCAAGAAGGGGGUAAAGGCAACAGGAGGGCGCCAAAGCCUUUCGAGCAAAGAAGGAAAAUUGCAGAAGCCAUAGCUGCUAAAUGGGCAGAUCCUGCUUACCGUGAACGUGUUUGCUCUGCCUUGUUGAAAUAUCACGGAACACCUGAUGGUACCGAGAAACGUAGGAGAAAACCGAGUGGCAAUGCAGAACCUAGAAAGAGGAGCCCUUCGAAGAAAAGUGCAGAAAAAACAGUGAGGAUUUCUUCAAGAAGUGAGCAAAGAAGCCAAAAUCAGCUGGUGAAACUUCGGAGACGUAAAACUUCUGUGUAUAAAGAUCCUUUGGCAAGUUCUAAACUGGAAAUGAUAAAGAGCAUCAGAGCAAAGAGAGCGGAAGAAGAAUCUAGGAAAAUCGAAGCCAUAAGACGGGCAAGGCUAUUGAUUGCAGAAGCUGAGAAGGCUGCAAAGGCACUUGAGGUUGCUGCAACAAAAAGCCCAGUUGCUCAAGCAUCAUUGUUAGAGAGUAGAAAGCUCAUAGCCGAGGCAACCCUUCUGAUUGAAUCUAUAGAUUCCACGGAGACAGCUUCUGAUGGAGAUGGGACAUUCUCGUCUGUGCUGCCGAGUCAGCCGACAAGUCUUGUGGAGUCAAACAUGGAAUCUGAGAACAGAGACACAAACGAACAGAAACAAGGAGACAUCAACGGAGCACAUAUGUUCCCAUUCAGCAUGAACAAAGACGGCUUCAGCAUCACAGUUAAUGGUAACCGAGGAAAUUUUCCAUUGAACUCUACGUCUAGUGAUUCACUGUCUUUCAGCUUAGAAGGUGCAGUCAGGCAAUCUGUUUCUGCUAAGCAGCCGGAAAAUGUCAAGACAGACAGAAUUAUCAAACUCGAAGCAAAUCUUCAGCCAAAUGGUACCAAAGUCCAUCUGUCAGAAGACUCAGAACCGGACAGAACAACUGAACUUCCACAGAAUCAUGUUCCAAAUGGUAACCAAGUCCGUGCCGAAGAGGAAAAGGUUAUGUCUUUGAGACCAGGAGCUAUAACCAAGAAGUGGGUUCGGGGAAGGCUGGUCGAAGUCGCGGAAGCAGAGCCUAACUCUUGUCUUUAGGACAUAAGAGGGUAUCCAUAAAAUUUCUAGAAUCAUUUAGAACUAAACUUUGCGGUUGAGCAUAUUGUCAGAUUCUACAUCUACGGUAGGCAUGUAUCGUGAAAUAGCUCCUAGUGAUUGAAAUUUUGGCAUACAGUUUCAUGCUCCAGCCGGCAUUUUUCAGUUAGAAAUGAGCCACUGUAUCUACAACAGUAACUUCAAUGUCUGAAAACUUUCAGGUUAGUAACUUCAUUCAGAUC